CAAGCCGGUGCACGCCGCGUACAAUUCGUCAACUGCGACAUUGACACGCGCGGCGCAUCGGCGUUGGCCAAGGCGCUACGCAAGACGCAUGCGCGCGUGCCUCUCGAGCUGGAUCUUACCAACAACCCGUUUCGCCUCGGUGCUACGCAAGCGCUUUUAAAGGCGCUUGCGACGUGCACUGACGUGUCCGUUCAGCUACCGCACGCAUGCCGAUCGUUCGUGGACGGAGAUCAGUCGUAUGUCGCGAAAGCAAAAGCCGCCGGCGUCACCAUCGAGCUUCGCGGGUGGGACGUCUUCAUCUGCAGCCGCACGGAGGCCUAA